AAAACAAAAGACGAAUACGAAACCUCCAACAGUAUCAAAUUAAAAAUUUGCGGGCGGUGAAGUUUAUGGAUCCUUAUGCUUUGUUAAUUAAACCAAUGCUUUGGUAAUAUUCUUGACUUGUCGAAUAACUGCAUUGAGGGAUUUGCAACACACAAACACCUGGUUUCAUAUUGGGAUUUGAGUGUGAGCUUUGUAUUGCUGUUUUACAAUGCGCAUCACCAAAAAGGAUGCAGUCAAGGGAAGAAAUCAAUAACUCCUCUCUGCAGAAAGUACUUACAGAUGUUGAAAAGAAACUUGUUGAUCUUUUUAUCCAAGAAUGGAACAAUCAUUACAAACAAUCUCUUGGAAAAUGGGAAAAUAGCAACGUCAGUGGUCAGAAAUUGUUCAACAUUGAAAGAUCAAAAAAAAUAUUUCGUGAUGAAAAAAUAUUGUCAAAACUUAAAGAUGGUGACACAAGUAAGUGGGAUUGCACGACAAUAUGUAAAGCAAUAUUGUUUACCCACUCUAUUGGAACAAACAUUAAUGAUAAAGUUAGAGCUGCUGUGGACAAACUUCGUGAUGUAAGAAACAAAUUAAUCCAUGAACAUAAAGGAGAAGUUUCUGAUUCGAAAUUUCAUACAAUGGUUUGUGAUAUUGAAAACUCAUUUCAAGAUCUAGGAUUUUCAUUCACUGAAAUUAUCAAAAUAAAAAGUGAACGAAACAUAUUUUAUUCUUUUCAAGUACUUCCUUGCAAAUCAAAUCACGAUGUGGUUAAACGUACAGAGUUACUUAAUCAAAUCACAGCAGAUCUCAAUAACUUGCGCAGUACUAACAAUAAUGAACUAACAUAUUACUAUAUUUCUGGUAAUCCUGGCAGUGGUAAAUCUCAAUUAGCUAGACAAAUUUGUGAAGAAAUGUAUAACUCGUUUGACUGGGAAAAGAAUACAACAUUUGUGAUGACACUCGAAGGAAAAGAUAUCGACUCUCUUUUAAAAACUUAUGCUGAACUUUAUCAACGAUUAAGCAAUGAUAAAACUGUCAUUGAAAAUAUUUUAAAAGAAGCAAAAAGCAGCGAAGACAAAAUCAAAGAUUUUCAAUUAUUGCUGACACAACAACUGAAAUCUUGGCAAACAUGGUGGAUUGUUGUAGAUAACGUGGUUGAACUUCAUAAAAUUUAUCCAUUAUUACCUCAAGUUGGUGAUCAUAAUUGGAAAAAUGGACAAAUUGUGGUAACUGUUCAAAAUACAGAUGCUAUACCACCAGAUGGAAAUCUAAAUAAACACAUUUCAGUUAGUCAUGGUAUGAACUAUGAAGAAUGUCGAGAACUUCUAUCUGUCUUUUCUGACAUUCAUAAUAAAGAUGAAAAUUUUUUAAAGGAUUUAUCACACAAAUUAGAUCAUCAACCGUUGUUCCUGGCAAAUGCUGCUUACUACGUAGGUGAUGUAAAUAGUGCAAAUCCGACAUUCACCUGGGAGGAAUAUUUGUAUAAGUUGAAUGAAGGAAAGCGGAAGAAAAUGGAUGGUAAUUUUCAAAAAGUAAAUUCAGCUUACUUAGGAAUGAAAACUGUUAUAAAACAUCGUUCUGGAGGAGUAUCUGACUUGAGAUUAAUGCCAAGAUCUUGUGGAAUGUGA